AUAAAUACUCUGGGAGAUAAAAAUUCUGUAACUAACCUCGUCCUUAAUCUGGAUGAAGUAGAUCCUGAUGUUGCCUAUUCAUCUGUUCCAUAUGAGAAAGGCUUUGCUUUGCUUUUUUACCUUGAACAACUUCUUGGAGGACCAGAUGUCUUCAUUGGCUUCUUGAAGGCUUAUGUUCAGCAGUUUGCUUAUAAGAGCAUAGUAACUGAGGACUGGAAGAAGUUCUUGUACUCCUACUUCAAGGAUAAGGUAGAUGUUCUUGAUAAAGUUGAUUGGAACUCAUGGUUCCAUGCUCCAGGGUUUCCAAAGUGUGAUCCUUUGUUUUUGUUACUUGCCAGGUAUGAUAUGACACUAGCAAAUGCUUGUGUUGCCUUGAGCCAGAGAUGGAUCCAGGCAAAACAAAGUGAUUUGGGCUCGUUCAGCUCAGCAGACUUGAAGGAAAUGUCAUCUCAUCAGCUGAUUGAGUUCCUGGCUCUGUUGCUUCUGGAGCCACCUCUUCCACUGUCACAUGUCCAGCGCAUGCAGGAAGUCUAUAACUUCAACGCUAUACACAACUCUGAAAUACGAUUCAGGUGGCUGCGCCUCUGUAUCAGGUCCAAGUGGGAAGAAGCUAUUCCUCUGGCUCUAAAAAUGGCAACUGAUCAGGGCAGAAUGAAGUUUACUCGACCCUUGUUCAGGGACCUUUACAGUUUUGACAAGAGUCGAGAUCUGGCUGUCAAGACAUUUCUGGAGCAUAGAGCCUCUAUGCACCCAGUCACUUCAAUGCUUGUGGGCAAAGACUUGGAGCUGGACCAGUGA